ACAAUUCGCUUCAGUGACAUAGAGUGAUUUUGGAAUUCUGUGUUGUGCUCUUUUGUGCUCAUAUACAUAGUGGGUUUUCUCUCUUAUUUGCUAGGUUGCCAAAUCAUCACUACCAAAUUUCAUAAAAUAUGUUUCCUAGGUAGAUUUGAACAAAAAUUAUUUUUCUCCUUCUCUUAAAUUAGGAAAUACUUCAUUUUGGUAAAUGCUUUUUCUUUUUAAUUGUGUGCUCUUCAUUAAUCAGUGUCAUGUUUUCCUUUAACUGCAACUAGAUGUGAAGAAGGGGAAUUCAAUAUAUAUUGAGUCUCCUCUCUGCCAGUAACUUUCCUAAGUCCUUUAAAAGCAGUCUCCUCAAAUCCUUGCGCUGCUCCACACUGCUUCCGGGGCCAGGUGGCCCUGGAUUUGCAUGUCUUUAUUCCAGACUAUUUUUAAGACUGCAUAAAGAUGUUCACGAGAGUUUGUAAUUGUUGAAUUUUAUGUAGGAGUUUAAAUAAGCUCAUGUUUCUUUUUAGUUCUUGAAGUUCUUGAGGCUUUGAGACUUUAAUUGAUAAUUAGAAAAUAGUUCCUUGCGGCGUCGGCCUUUCCGCCACAAUCGCCAUUGGAGAGUAGCAGCCAUGGCUCUUCGCUAUCCCAUGGCCAUGGGCCUCAACAAGGGCCACAAGGAAACCAAGAACGUGAGCAAGCCCAGGCACAGCCGCCGCCGCGGGCGUCUGACCAAAUACACCAAGUGCAUGCAGGACAUGAUCCGGGAGGUGUGUGGCUUUGCCCCGUACGACUGGCACGCCAUGGAGUUACUGAAGGUUUCCAAGGACAAAUGGGCCCUCAAGUUCAUCAAGAAAAGGGUGGGGACACACAUCCGCACCAAGAGGAAGCGGGAGGAGCUGAGCAAUGCACUGGCUGCCAUGAGAAAAGCCGCUGCCAAAAAAGACUGAGCCCCCUCCCCUGCCCUCUCCCUGAAAUAAACAGCUCCACCCAAGCCCUGGCUCCGCUGCUGUCCCGGGGUGGGGGUGGGGUUUUUCAAGCAUCUGUUUGGUGCCGACUAAGCCAUGCCACGAAUCAAAGCCCUGGCAGAGCCACCCACCCACCCUUCCUGGGACAGCAGGCAAGGAGGCCCCAUACUGGAAAUGACUUUAAUGAUUAAAUAGUUCCUAUGCCACAAUGA